AUGGCAUUUCGACAGCCGGACGAAGUGCAGCAGGGUCCGAAUGAGACGGACGGCGAGCCGGACGAGGAUGUGCAAAGUGGCGGUGAGGACAACCGGGAAUCGAGUGACAAUGAAGACACACAAGUGGUAUCGACAUCCGGGAUCUUGAAGCCAGCAGCUGGCGCCGAGUCUCGCAGACGCACAUCCGCCAUGAAAAGGGAGAGACCGCUCGGGUUGAGCGCUCGAGGAAACACCAAGAAGAUCAAGCUCGAUCUGCGACCUCUUGUGAGUGACACCAUUGGUAUCUCGAAAGCAGAACCUACUGCGCCUCAGAAGCACGGUCGGGCGUCAUCAGGAGACCUUCAGAAGAGUCCUGCGAGGAGUUCAUCGAACGAGAACCAGCCGCGUGACCGCAUGGCAACCAUGGCACAGGCGGUGGGCAGUCCAUCCGCGUUCAGGGUGUUGAAAGACGUCUUGAUCGCGUUGCCUCAGCAAGGUCAACCAGCGCACCACGACCUCAGUGUGGACGACCCCAAAGCACUGAUCGGGAUGGUGGAAGUGGCCGAGACCUCAGGAAUUCUCAACUGCUAUCAGCGACGGUUCGCCUUGGGCCGACUGGCGCAGGUGUACCAUCGGGCGUGUCAGCAGUACGGCAAGAGGUUUGGCGUGGUGCGCAAGAUGGACAAAGCGGCCGCCUUCGGAAGGAUGAUUGAGCGAAUCUGGGGGUGUCCCUUUCCCACCGAACAUCGCGGGACGACCAAGACGAAGAAUGGGCUGAUCGAUGCCAAGACGACGGCUGCUGUUCGGUGGAACAAACACAAAAGCGGGCUGGUGCGGUUCUUGGAUGCCGGUCAGCGGUGGCUGGGUCUGGUCGAACAGCACGGGUGGUCGGUGCUAGCUCUGAUCGCUCCCGACUGGGACACGUCGGAGUCUCGGCUGAGCGUGUCUGACAGCGUGUUCGAGCAGAAGUUGACGCGGAGUGAAUACGAGCAGUUGGUCCGCGAGGUGGCGAUCCAGCGGAGACGCCUUCUCCAGUCCAUACGCAUGACGGAUGUCAGUGUCAUGGAUGUGCUGGCUGACCCGUCUCGUAUGCAGAAUCGGGAGCUGCUCCAAGCGGUCGACGACAGCUCCGCCGACAACGAUGAACGGCGGAUCGUGCAGCUGCUACAGUCUGCGAAAUAA